GCUCUCGAACAAUGGUUGUUGGUGCUGCCGCUGCCGACGUCGUUGAAAACAUCAGCAGCAAAAGCGGGAGCGGCGACAGCUGUGGUAUCGUAAGCGGUACCGCUGAGUCUCCACCAUCGGUUGGCGCUAUACAAGCAACAGCGGUCAAUAACAAUCAUACUGAUAAGAACACCAAAAUAACAACGACUAAAAAAGAGGCACUGGAGGACAGUGAAUGCCGUCUGUAUAAUCCAAACGAAAAUAAGGAAAAUUGUCAGCAGGUGUUAGAGGAAAAGAAUAGCUGUCACAGCAUAAGCAACAUCAUCAAUAACAACAUGACGGAUGCGGCCAAAGGGAUCGCUGCGACAAAAGAAAAAACGACUGGGUCGGAAGCGGCGGUCACCAAGAGCGCCGUCAGUCAGCGGAACGUGGAUAUCAAGAUAGAUAAAACCAGCAACAUGGAAGCGGCAACGCAGCAACUGACAAGGAAGGUUCUUAAACUAGAUCUUGGCAGCAAGAACAUCGACGAGUUCUCACUUAAAUCGCCAAAGUCACCAAUAUCCGCACGUUUGCCGCAUCAGACUUCGAUCACGUCAUCGGUGGACGUAGAAGACAGGAAGACUUUACGAGAGGCCUUAUACCAGGGUAUAUUCCAUCGUCAUCGUCGCACUAUCUUUGCAGUGGGCAGCUUCUUGCGAAUGCUGCGCAGCCGAAACUCUCAAUACAACACCAUACGCAGCUCGUCGGACGGAGAGGAUAUUGAUGAGCAGCGGCCCAAACAUCACCAGCAGGAGCUGGAACAGUCGCAAAAAGAUAUCCAGCCGGGUGGCCAAGAAGUAACAACCACAUCCACGUCAUCACCAUCCGACCAGCAGUGACAAUCGGAUUCGCUUUAGAUGGCCCUGCCGCUUAGCUCAUUCUACAUCCGUGUAUUUAGAACUGCUUUUUAAUUGUUAAGCAUCAUGCGGGCAUACUACCAGCCACCCGUUGUGUUAGCAUAUAAUGAUCGUGAGUCGUAACUCCAACUAUUGUUGACGGACUGUGACCUGACCUGGAGCCAUAACCAACAUCUGCAGAAAAUUUCACAUAGACGUUGUGCCGUAGAUCCGCUGUUUCAGCUAGAACAUUUUUUAGAUAGAUUGCCUUAUCACUUAAGCUAAACUGAACUAAUACCUAGUAAGAGCCAACCCAUGCAGAGCUAGAAACUUUAACUACUGUACAAGCUAUGUAUCAAAACAAUCUAAUUGCAUUUAACUUUAAUUUUUCGAAGCCCAGUAGUUUAUAUUUGAUAUUAAUCAAUUACACCAGUCCGCCUCCUCUAUGUCCGUAUGCUUGCAUACUAAUUAAGCUCUCCGCAGUUAUUCAUGUUAGACCAUGACUGUUAAAAGUUCAUUGCGAUAUCUUUUUUUUUAUUAUUUUUUUGUCAUUUAAAUAGAGCAAAAACAAAAUGUUAUCUUUAGAUUAGCUUUAUAAUUUGAUUAAUUGUUGUACCUAAUAUUUCAUUAAAAGUAGUGCAAUUUAUUACUCAAAACGAAAAUACUUCACUCAUUUGAACUCAUUUCUGAAGUUAAAAUAUCCCGUAUUUACUGGAUUUAGGUGUAAAGUGUUAAUGAUUUUGAUAUAAAAAGAUUUAUACAUUUCACAUAUUAUAUAUUAUACCUAUUAGUCUUAGCGUAAAAGGAAAGUGGCGCUUAUAUACUUAAUGUUUACUAAUCGCCUGUUCGCAUAUGGGCAUUAGUGCAUUGAUUUACCAACAAAUAACUUUAUUAAAAUUAGAGAUUGAGUUUUCCUUUAAAAUUAACAUAGAACCUGGUAUGUCAUAUUUGUGGCACUUGGCUAUAUCGUUUCUUUUUGGUAAUGAAAAUACAAAUGUUGGCAAUAAGUAUUUUCAUCAACGUUAAUGUUUAAUUUCUAUCAUUAGUCAAAAUUUCCAUUUAAUUUUUUUUUUUAUUUGAAUUGAGACAGAAGUAAAACCGACCGUAAAUUACGUUAAAAAAAAGCUAGAGGUAAAAUUAAAGUUUCUGGGAUCGGCCUUUAAUAAAAAUCAAAGUGCUGAAUAGCCAAAUAGUCGAGAUAAUCUUUAUUCUUAAGUUUAUUUCAUUUCUAAACAUGUCAUUGAAAAUUCUUUGGCAUUAGUUUUUCAUUGCAAAGGGAACAAAACUUAUAAAGCUGCACGUAAAAAAGUGUUUUUAAUCAAUGGCUAUAUAUUGAUAUACUAUAUAGCGCCUAAGCCUAAUAUAUGUAUUCAGCUACUAAAUACGAUAUUUAAAACAUAUAUACUGAUGACAAGUUUAAGGCCUAUUGUACACCAUACAUACACUAUUGUUAUUGUCGCCAUAAAUAACUUAUAUGACAUUCAUUUUGAUUUGUGAUCCCAUACCUAGAAAGACACAUCUAUUCAAUAGUAUAAAUAUAUAUAUAUAUAUUUCAGCGAUUUUUUUGAUUUAGUACAGAUAGAGGUAAAUCUUAUUGUAUAGUUAGUGGUUUAAGAUGGCAUUUUGUACAGGACAAGGACGUUUGAAAUCAAUUUAUGACAAAGACAGACGUUCUGUAGUUUACCUCCAAUGACAUCCCACUUACUCUCCACACGAUUAGCUCCACGAUUUGAUGUCGAUUGGAAGAACAAUAAAAAUUAGAGAAUCUGCUAAGUA